AUGCCUGAGGCUACAACUCGGUCGAGAACAGAACCCACCUCCGGCGACCCCGCCUUUUCUGCUAACCCCAGACUGCCAUGCGGAGGAGAUGAGUCUACCAGCCAAGUCAGUAUGAAGCGGAAUCGCAUACAAUUCGAGGCCAAUGGCGAUGCCUCGUCCGCUUCACCGGGUGCCUUUUCCCCGGAGGAUCACCCGCGGCCACACAUCCCGAAGAUUUCGCGGAAAAUAAGGGCAUGCACCGAGUGCAAGAGACAUAAGGUCCGAUGUGACAUGAAGGCAGGUGGGUCGGUAUGCUCGCGAUGUCGGCGCAUGGGGCUCGAGUGUAUCGUAAACAAGAGCCUCCAGACGUUGUUGGAGGAUGAAGCAGAGUGGAAGAACAUGAUAGAGCUGGCAAUGACGGACCUGCUUAGAAAGGCUCAGCUGCCAGAGCUAUCAUACUAUCAAGCGGGCGGUGCGUCGACCGAGACACCCUCGAAGAAGAGAAGUCGCAAAGAAUCUACCGUCUCGACAGACGACGCUGCCUUUGCACAAAGGAGAUACAGCAAGGCCGAGUCAGCCGAAAGUACCACCGGCCGAGCGACGGGGUCGAGUGCGUCAAACUACGCUUUCUCGCAACAGCAACCACAGUAUUCCCUCGAGCGCGAAGAAGCCGGCGCUCACUCGCUGGUAACAGCACCAAUGGGGAGUUUAUAUGAGGUGACGCAGUUGAGUGAAAACCGAGAAAGCUCCCCUGGGCAACAGUAUGCACCGGACCAGGCAUUGGUGACCGAUUUUAUUUCUCGCGGCGUGGUGGAACUCCAGGAGGCGGAGGAGUUGUUCUAUCACUUUGACCAGGUACUUAAUCGCUACUUAUGGGAUGGGGCCUUGCUGGCACAUAAGGACAUGACAUCCGUUCGACGGUCAUCCUCCAUGCUCUCUGCUGCCAUUCUAGCCGUGACGGCGCUUCAUAUGCCAACCAAGGAGCGCACAUUUGACACAUGCUAUACGGAGUUUGCGAAACUGGCAUCCGAAUCGAUGCUGGGCCAUCAUCAUACCAUGGACGACAUACGCGCUCUCUGCAUUGGGGCCUUUUGGCUUGCAGAUGUCAGCUGGAAGCUCUCAGGGUACGCCGUUCGCAUUGCCACCGAGCACAAUCUACACCAGUGCUAUCGCAAAGCCAUACAAGGGUCUCCGGAACAUAAGGAACAAGCGAGGCUCUGGUAUCUCCUUUACACCCUAGAGCACCACUUCUCUAUCGCGUACGGCAGACCACCUAUCAUCCACGAAGAUCCCAGCAUUACCCAACACAACACUUUCACGCAAUCUCCAUCCAUUUCGCAAGGAGACCUCCGACUACACAGCCAAGUAGACCUGUUUAUUAUUCUCACCCGUAUAUAUUUUGCAUUUGGCCCCGAUGUCGACCUGGAGGUCCCUGAGAGCGAUUUCCCCCAGAUUGAUCAGUUCGACGCGCUCCUUGGAGAUUGGAAAUCCGCAUGGCUUCCUCGGCUCGCUGGGAGUCGACACGUAGGUGCGUAUCCCUACAAAGCCGUAUACAUGCACUAUCACUUUUCUCGGCUGCAGCUGAAUUCAGUUGCUCUACGGACAUAUCAUUCGUCAAUGUCCGCACGAAGUAUGUCGCCCGAACGUCGAAAACGAGCCAACAUUGCAGUCGAGUCGGCGAUCGCGACACUCCAGGUUGUCCUGGAUGAACGGGAUAUCCAGCGUGCCCUAGUCGGUGUUCCACUGUACCUACACAGCAUGAUUACCUUCGCGGCAGUAUUUUUGUUGAAGAUCGCCGCCAAGGUAUGUUCGAAUGGGAUGAUCCCUGGUAGCCAGGGUCAGCAAAAUUCCAUCGCUUCAGCCGGUCUGCUCGUCGAUGUGGGCUACGUGCGGGUUUUGGUUGGCCGGAUCGUGGAACUGAUGGUUUCAUGCAGCCAGCGCGCCAGCGAGCGCCACCUCAGCCAUCAUAUUGCUCGUGGCCUGCGGAAGAUGCUCACAGGGCUGGAGGAGUGGGAGAAACGAAACACAGGCAUCCAACAGUCUGUGGGGACAAAUCCGCAGGAAUCAACCUCCCUGUUCAAACCGGUGGUCAUUCCUGGGGCUCAGAUUCUGGGUGAACGAGAUACCAUCUUGAACCACCCUCCGCCUCUACUUGGAGUGGCACCCCUCUCGGCUGAACGCAGCAAUGGAUUCGAGCCGGCCGCGCCAGGCAAGCAAGAGCCGGGUCUCUCAGAGGGCUCGAUUGAUCCAAUGAUGGCGGAUCUGUGGGGAUUCGAUGAGGAGUAUUUCCCCACGGGCGUGUUUGAUUUUCUUCAAAGUCAGAUGCCGGCUUGA